AUGGCGGAGAUUCUAGUCUAUCUGCUCGUUGUCGCUGCCCUUGCCCUCGUGCCUCUCGUCUACCUCCGCCACGCGGCACGGCGGCGCGCCGGUGGCCUCCGGCUGCCGCCGUCGCCGUGGGGGCUGCCGGUGAUCGGGCACCUCCACCACCUGGUGGGCGCGCUCCCGCACCGCGCCAUGCGCGACCUGGCGCGGCGCCACGGCCCGCUCAUGCUGCUCCGCCUCGGCGAGCUCCCCGUCGUCGUGGCGUCCUCCGCGGAUGCCGCCCGCGAGGUGAUGAAGACGAAGGACCUCGACUUCGCCACGCGCCCGAUGAGCCGGAUGACGCGGCUCAUCUUCCCGGAGGGCGCCGAGGGCAUUAUCUUCGCGCCGUACAGCGACCGGUGGAGGGAGCUGCGCAAGAUCUGCACCGUCGAGCUGCUCAGCGCGCGGCGCGUCCAGUCCUUCCGCGCCGUGCGCGAGGAGGAGGUCGGCCGCCUUCUCCGGGCAGUGGCGGCGGCGGCCCCGCCGGCGCAGCCCGUCAACCUGAGCGAACUGGUGUCGGCGUACGCCGCCGACUCGUCGGUGCGCGCCAUCAUCGGGAGCCGGUUCAAGAACAGGGACGCGUUCUUGGCGAUGCUGGGGCGCGGGCUCAAGCUGUUCGCCAAGCCUGCCUUGCCGGAUCUCUACCCAUCGUCGCGUCUCGCCAUGCUCCUCAGCCGAAUGCCGCGCCGGAUGAAGCAGCACCACCGGGAUAUGGUGGCGUUCCUCGACGCCAUCAUCCAGGAACACCAAGAGAACAGAGCAGCCGGCGACGACGACGACGACAAGGAGGACUUGCUCGACGUGCUGUUGAGGAUCCAGAGGGAAGGCCAACUGCAGUUUCCCCUCACCACUGAAAGCGUCAAGACAACAGUCGGAGACAUGUUGGUUGGGGGUAGCGAGACUACAGCAACAACGCUAGAUUGGAUCAUGGCAGAGCUUGUGAGAAACCCAAAAGUGAUGAAAAAGGUCCAAGAUGAGAUACGGCGUGAACUCGCCGGGCACGGUAAAGUGACAGAAGAUGCUCUAGGUAGACUGAAUUACAUGCACCUGGUCAUCAAGGAGGCACUUCGGUUGCAUCCCCCGGGAACGUUGCUGCUGCCACGAGAAUGUCGCCGCACAUGCCAAGUCCUUGGAUUUGACGUACCCAAGGAAUCAACUGUGUUUCUUAAUGUGUGGGCUAUUAGUAGAGACCCCAAGUAUUGGGACAAAGCUGAGGAGUUUAUCCCUGAAAGAUUUGAGCGUAGUGACAUAGACUUUAAAGGCACAUACUUUGAGUAUACACCAUUUGGGGCAGGGCGGAGGAUGUGCCCUGGCAUGGCUUUUGGUCUAGCCAAUGUGGAGCUCACGCUCGCGAGUCUCCUAUACCAUUUCAAUUGGGAACUUCAAAGCGGGAUGCAGACAAGCGACCUAGACAUGACAGAGGAGAUACGGUUCACCACACGACGUCUCUAUGAUCUUUUGCUUGUUCCCAUAGUCCAUGUACCCUUGUCAGUAGGCACAUCAUAG